AUGGCUGAGGGUGAAGAAUGGAAAACAGCCUUCCGAACGCGUUACGGGCAUUUCGAAUAUACGGUGAUGCCCUUCGGCCUUACCAAUAUGCCAACCACCUUUCAACAUUUCAUCAAUGAUUGCGUCCGCGACUACCUCGAUAUGUUCUGUACAGCCUACCUUGACGAUAUUCUUAUUUACAGCGACACCUUCGAGGAACAUCAAAUACACGUCGAAAAAGUCCUGGAAGCCCUACAAAGAAAUGGAGUACUGUUGAAACCAGAGAAAUUUGAAUUUCAUAUACAAAGCACCACUUACCUCGGCCUCAUUAUCGAAUCCAACGGUAUUAAAAUGGACCCAAGGAAAGUGAAGACAGUAAAGAAUUGGACUGUCCCCAAAACAGUUAAGGAUCUGCAAGCGUUUCUAGGUUUCGUUAACUUUUACCGUCGAUUCAUAGGUGGAUUCUCUGAAAUGGCUUCCCCCCUUACCACACUGACACGUAAGGACAUAUCAUUCGAAUGGACACUCGAAACUCAAACUGCCUUCAACGCCCUGAAAAAAUACUUCACAAUGGCUCCCAUUCUUACCCAUUUCGAACCGAAGAAUGAAAUUACUGUGGAAACCGAUGCAUCUGACUAUAUCUCUACAGGCAUACUCUCCCAAUACGAUGAUAAUGGUACCCUUCGACCCGUCGCAUACUUCUCAAAAAAGCACUCCCCUGCCGAAUGCAACUACGAGAUUUACGACAAGGAGUUACUGGGGAUUAUUCGAUCUUUUGAGGAAUGA